AUGAACUAUGCCCAGCGAGUGACCCCCACAUCGGUGGCUAACUACAGCUCUGAUCCCCCUCUGUCCCCCCCCUCCCCUCGCUUCCUCCCCCCUAACUACAGCUCUGAUCCCCCUCUGUCCCCCCGCUCCCCUCGCUUCCUCCCCCCUAACUACAGCUCUGAUCCCCCUCUGUCCCCCCGCUCCCCUCGCUUCCUCCCCCCUAACUACAGCUCUGAUCCCCCUCUGUCCCCCCGCUCCCCUCGCUUCCUCCCCCCUAACUACAGCUCUGAUCCCCCUCUGUCCCCCCGCUCCCCUCGCUUCCUCCCCCCUAACUACAGCUCUGAUCCCCCUCUGUCCCCCUCCCCUCGCUUCCUCCCCCCUAACUACAGCUCUGAUCCCCCUCUGUCCCCCCCCUCCCCUCGCUUCCUCCCCCCUAACUACAGCUCUGAUCCCCCUCUGUCCCCCGCUCCCCUCUCUUCCUCCCCCCUAACUACAGCUCUGAUCCCCUCUGUCCCCCGCUCCCCUCGCUUCCUCCCCCCUAACUACAGCUCUGAUCCCCCUCUGUCCCCCCCCCCUCGCUUCCUCCCCCCUAACUACAGCUCUGAUCCCCCUCUGUCCCCCUCCUCCUCCUCCUCCCCUUAG